ACUACCAGCAUGCUGCUGCCUACCCUGGCCCAGCCGGCCACUUCGUGGCACAUGGUCAAACGCACCGGCCCAAUGGCAGCAGUGUGAACCCCGAGCCGGGUUCUUCGCGCCUGGUGUCGCGUGGUCCCGACACUCCACAGCCCCUUUUUCUGGAGGAUGCCGGGCAUCCAGAGGGCUCUGUCCCGGCAAAGGUGAAGCUGCCCUGCCAGACUCUCGACCCGCAGCCGGAGCAUGGGCCAUCUGUGGCUGAGCUGAAGCUGGAGGCACUGACCCAGCGCCUGGAGCAGGAGAUGGAUGCUCGGCCCAAGGCCGAUUACUUUGGCACCUGCGUGAAGUGCAGCAAGGGGGUGUACGGAGCCAGCCAGGCUUGCCAGGCUAUGGGCAACCUCUACCACGACAGCUGCUUCACCUGCGGAGCCUGCAGUCGAAAGCUGAGAGGAAAAGCCUUUUACUUUGUCAAUGGCAAAGUGUUCUGUGAAGAAGACUUCCUGUACUCUGGUUUCCAGCAGUCAGCUGACAGGUGUUUCAUUUGUGGUCAUUUGAUAAUGGACAUGAUUCUGCAGGCUCUGGGGAAAUCCUACCAUCCAGGCUGCUUCCGAUGCGUGGUCUGCAACGAGUGCCUGGACGGCGUCCCGUUCACUGUAGAUGCUGAAAACAAAAUCUACUGUGUCAGAGACUACCACAAAGUUUUAGCUCCGAAGUGUGCAGCGUGUGGACUUCCCAUUCUGCCCUCCGAGGGGUCUGAUGAGACCAUUCGGGUUGUGUCCAUGGACAAGGAUUACCACGUGGAAUGUUACCACUGUGAGGACUGUGGGAUGGAGCUGAACGACGAGGACGGGCAUCGCUGUUACCCGCUAGAUGAACACUUGCUUUGUCACUCCUGUCACCUGAAGCACAUAGAGAACGGCACAACCCCCACGGCCGCAUACCAGCAGCACUACUAGCCGGUGGCUGACAUUGGAGAGCUGGGACAGGAGACUUGUGGUGUGACCUCCCUCUCCCCGCCCUCAGUUGAUUUCCUGCACAUGUUUUUAUGCCAGUUGGCGAUGUUCCUGUGAAAGGAUGUGAGAGAUUUUUGCUGGAUUCCCAGAGUUUGUACGCGUGUGAGUUCCAGCUGCAUCAAACCACGUCUGCUUGGCCAAGAAUGUGGCAUGUUAUCUAAACUGAUCACUUUACUUUCACAUGCCUUUUUCUGCUGUCUGGAGAUUCCUCUUGGCUUAUUUUGAAAGGUUCUUCAGUGAAAGCACAAUUUGUUGUCAGGCCUGUGAACUCGAAUUGUGCCAUGCACAACUAAAAAGCCAGAGGCUGGCUUCCCUACCUGUUGGCAAU